UUUUGUUUCAAAAACGAAAUAGUAGAAAAUUUUCCCCUUUCAUCGUCUUCUUCCUCCACUAUCAUCGUGCUAGGAUUUACAGAGUUCCAAUUUCCCCCUUUUCCUCUUUUCGUUCGUUAAUGUAACCCGCGAAAUCAACUCAAUCACGUGACACAAUACAAAAUUCGUCACGUGUCUGCAACUGAUUGAUAAAAAUUUCGAGCUUUUGAAAUUGAAAACACUUGAAAGAUGCAGAAAUUAGGAGAAUUCAAAUUACCUCAUUUCUUCAAUUACCCACCUUACUUCACUUUGCAGCCAGUAAGGGAUACUAGAGAGAAACAGAUACAAUUAUGGAAAGAGCUUAUUUUAGAUUAUUGUAAAACACAGAAGGUUUUUGUAAUUGGACUUGAAGAAGAGUUUCCUUUAUUUACAAACACUGUAAUUGAAAGAUCUCUUACGUUUGAAGCCAGAGAAGCUUUUCUUUUGGCCUUAGUUUCUGAGGGACGAGCAGAAUGGAUGGAUAAAGGACAUAGAAAAUGUCUUAUUCUCUGGCAUCGGAUUCAAGAAUGGGCUGACAUUUUACUACAGUUUGCAAAAGAUAAUGGACUGGAAGAUGGUGUUGUGACGAUAGAGGAAAUACGCUUUGGGACUGAAUCUCAAGGAACAGAACUUCAAGGGAUAGACCGGACUAUAUUGAAUCGGGCAUUGAAACUAUUAGAACAGAAGGGGAAGCUUGUGGUCUUUAAAGGAACUUCAACAGAUGAUGAAGGAAUUAAGUUUUCUGUAUAAUUGUUGUUUGUUAAUCUGUUGAAUCUUGAGAAAUUUCAAAUGAUAUUCUUGUGAGAUCUUACUAUACCCAUCUGACUUGUUGAGUUUGUUAUCGUGCACGAUAUCUAAGAUCAAGCUGGCGAAACAAGCUAUCAUCUUUUAUUUUGAGGUUUUGUUUGUGAUAAGUGCUUGGCUUUGUUGCAUAAUCUUGGUUAACAAUGUAACAAGGCAUUUGAAGGCAGUAAACAUCAUAUGACUCCUUA